GGAUUGGUUGCUAGAGGGCCACUUGCGUGGUGUAAACAGAUUUCAAGUUGCAGGAGAAGGUAACUCUUUUGCAUAUACAGAAGGCCUAAGAAGUUAACUCAUAGUGUGAAAAUCUUAACCUUGGAUCAUGAAAUCAAGUGAGGCUGUUUUCACCAAGAAGAAUCCCUUUCCUCCUGCACCCCGCAGACCUAAAAGUCAUUACAGUCCAACUAGAGCAAAGAACAUCCCCAAAGAACAUAAAAAGCUGGUACUGAGCCCUGUCCGGUUUACACAAUCAGCCAGUCCUCCAGAAUCUCCUCCUCUCAGCCCAGAGGACCAGCGCUUUCUUGAAGGCUCACACAAUGUCCUUCUCUGUCCUCCUCCAUCUGUAACAGAGCAGCAGAACUUCUCUGAAUCCUGGCCCUCUACCGAUCAGAGUUCUCCUGCCAACAGUGAUGUUCAGCAUCCACAGCACACCAUGACCAGUCGAACGCAGGAGCCUUCUGUGCUGGCAAAGUACAUUGAGCGUUUUCGCUAUGGAAGGCCGCAAAGUCGUGGAGAAAGACAGAAGUUGACAACUGAUGGAGCAGAUGAUCAGACAUUUUGGUGGAUGUCCUCAAAUCCUUCACAGCCAUCCAGCUCAACUCCAACUCGGACAUCUAAGGAACGCUCUGGAGGAUCAUUUGACUGUAGAAAUGAUGGCACAGGCAGCAUGCAUGACCGGCUCAGACAUCAAGCAGACACUUCACUUUCUCCCACCAGAGACCUGCUUGACCUGAGUGCACUUACCUUAUCUGAUUCCCCACACUGUGAGCAACUAGAGCCAGAGAUCCUUCAGCUUCAGGAAAGAGCAAGAAAACUUCUGCAGAGGAGUGAGCACACACUCAGCAGUGGAUCCAGUGGGUUACCCAUCAGCUCUGAAGGCCUGGGCAGCUCUGAUUUCUCCGAUCCUGUUAGUGUUGAUGAGCCGAUCCGAAAGCCCACAGUUCCCAGCUUGAUAGACACAGCCAACUUGAUAACACCCAGAGGCCCAUUUCCUGCUGCCACUGCUCCAGGCCCUGUAGGGCCACGACCUCGGCCUGAGGAUGACAUCCUGUUUCAGUGGCGUCUAAGGAGGAAGAUGGAGCAGGCCAGACAGUGGGGUCACACCUCUUCCCAUAGUUCAGCUCUUCAUCAGCCCUUAUUAAGCAGGCUGACCUUACAAACACAGCCUGGACUCUGUUUCACAUCUACACCCAUGAUGGUGACUGACGGUGUAAGCACUCCUGCCUCCUGUCCAGUCCCUGAGCCAGUGCCGUCUUCCUCCAGCCAAGUCCACCCUGCAUCCUGCAUUAACACCAAGGCUGAGUCCAUCUCUCAGAGCUACAUGGUAUCAGUUCCUCCCUGUAACAGAGAGAUGGGCCCUAAACAGCCUCAGACUGCUCAUUACAUCUCUCAGCCCUGUCUCAGAGAUCAGGUCUGUUCUUCAGAGAGCUCAGAAUACCUGUGUAGUAAGCCACAAUAUUCUUCUUCUCCAUCUCCAUCUUCACAACAUGCUGAUAGCUCAGAGGGAGCUGGCUGCCAGGGAAGAACAGGCAUGCAAUCGAACAGCAGAGUGGAGGGCGAGCGGGGCAAGAAAAAAUCAGUGUCGUGCACACAAAAGAAGAAAUCAGAUAGGUAUGUGGGGGACGGACACAUGGUUGAAAGGAAUCAGCACAAUGUCAAGGGCAAAGACAGGCAUGCUAGGGGUCAAGAAAAGGUUCGCUCUAAAAACAAAGAGAAUGCAGGACACAGAGAGAGUUCAUCACGAGGCGUUCGUCCACGAGAUUCUCCCUCACCAGUACACAACACUCUUGGCCAGGUUGUUUCCGAAGUAUUGUUUCCCAGUGCUGAUUCACCAGUCCAGCCGAGAACCUCACGCUCCUCCACAUCUCCCAUAUACACCACUCCAGCACCUCCUCACUCCCCUGCACCUCCCCCUCAAUGCUCAUCCCACCCAAGUGAGGUCAUAGGUCAGCUGAUGCAGGAAGCAGAAGACUCGGAUGGGCUGGAAUUUGAAGAUGAUCCCUUACUUUUAGUUCUGCGGCAGCAGAGAAAGUGGGUGAAAGAGCAACUCUGUGAGGUUGACAGGAUGCUGGAUAAAUUCCACGAAGACUGAUAAACUACUGUGAACAAGAACAAAGCACUUAAGCACACAAUCAUGUUUAUUAUUGCAAACCAAUAGUGUUUAUUUAUUUUGUGUCUGCAAAUGGAAAUGAAUGUGUUCGAACUGUCAAUAAAUCAUUUUGGAAAAAUAUUU